AUGACUCUAGAGCUAGUCUUCGACUUCGAUGGUACGAUAACAGAAGACGACAGCAUUGCGUGGGUCCUAGACGCCGCUCUGAGUUACCACAAAGCAAACUCUUCUCCAGAGACUUACCACUCCCUGGCCAACAGCUGGCGUCGUGUCGUCGAGUCCUACGAGGCAGAUCUUGAUGCGUAUCACAGAUGCUUUUGUCCCGCUACUCAGGCUGAUGACUCAACACCGUUGGAUGUAGCUAGAAACCACUUCUCGAAUGACCAGCGCCGACAGAUAGAACGAGCCUCACUGUCGCGAGUACAGGACGCGGGAUUAUUUUGUGGUGUACCACUUGAGUACCUGUUCCAGUCAGGCCACAAGCACAGGGAGCAGGGUACCAUUAAACUACGCCGAGGCUUUCCCGAUCUGGUUCAUCUGAUACGGAGCCACUCGGCCGUACCAGAAGCGAGCGAUGUGCAAAUUCUCUCGGUGAACUGGUCUGCCUCAUACAUAAGAGGCGUUUUGACUCAGGAAGACAUUUCGUCGGUUAUUGCCAACGAUGUCAACCCAGCCGACGGGUCUAUUAGUGCUUUGUCAGUCACUGCCGACGACAACACUUCAGAAGGCUGGCCCAACGUUCUUACUGUCGGAUCAGACAAGUUAUCAGCUCUGCGAUGUCUCUAUCGGCGGCAACAGAGGACCAAGCCAGGACUGCCCGUCGAGAUCGUCUACUUCGGUGACUCAACAACCGAUCUCGAGUGUCUUCUAGAAUUUGGCGGCAUUGUAGUAUCCCCUGAAGCCGGAAUAUCCGGAAGUGCUGGUGACCUCCUCCGAGUGUUGCGAGCAAAGCUUAACUAUAAUGUCCCUCAUGUCUUCGAGUACAAGGCCGAGCAAAUUUGUUGGGCUAGCGACUUCACUGAAAUAAAGGAGAGUAGCUUCCUGCAAAAACGGUCCAAGAUGUGCUGGUACAAGCGGAUCAUCUUUUCCGACAACCACUCAAAGCUCGCAGGCUUGGUCCGAAAAUGCCACCUUCAGCUAGCAUUUGAGAACACAGAGACCACCUCUGGCUGUGGGAAGAUCAAUUUCCACUCGAUGCAGACCAUCAGGUUGGAGAAUAUCUGUCCAGACUGCAUUGCCAGGCGGAACAAGGAGGCUGACAUGCUAGCAACAAUCAAGGAGCAACUUGCUCAGGCCAAGACUAAGCUCCGGUUGAACACAGAGGACAAAGACCAUAGUAGGGAGGUAAAUGAGCUGGAGGCUUUCAGCCCUCUAAGCGUGAGGUUCUCCGGCAGAAAAGAGAACGAAGACUUUCCCUUGGAUGGGCCAGCGCCCUGA